AUGAGUACAGUCAUUGAUGUACAAAGUACAGUCAUUGAUGUACAAAGUACAGUCAUUAAUGUACAAAGUACAGUCAUUGAUGUACAAAGUACAGUCAUUGAUGAACAAAGUACAGUCAUUGAUGUACAAACUACAGUCAUUGAUGUACAAAGUACAGUCAUUGAUGUACAAAGUACAGUCAUUGAUGUACAAAGUACAGUCAUUGAUGUACAAAGUACAGUCAUUGAUGUACAAAGCUCUGAUGUACAAAGUACAGUCAUUGAUGUACAAAGUACAGUCAUUGAUGUACAAACUACAGUCAUUGAUGUACAAACUACAGUCAAUGAUGUACAAACUACAGGCUCUGAUGUACAAAGUACAGUCAAUGACGUACAAACUACAGGCUCUGAUGUACAAAAUACAGUCAUUGAUGUACAAAUCAUUGAUGUACAAAGUACAGUCAUUGAUGUACAAACUACAGUCAUUGAUGUACAAACUACAGGCUCUGAUGUACAAAGUACAGUCAUUGAUGUACAAACUACAGGCUCUGAUGUACAAAGAACAGUCAUUGAUGUACAAACUAGAAUCUCUAAUGUAUCUCUUUAA